GCGCCGGCGGCGCCCGCCGCGGCGGAGGCGGCCGCGGCCGCGGCCGGCUCCUCCGCCGACGGCCACGACUCGGAGGACCCGGCGGAGGCGGAGGCAGUGGACGUGCUCGACGACUCCAUCAUCUCUCGGGGGCGGCGGCACGUGCGGCGCAGUUGGCGUCGGACAGUGACAGGCCCGCGGCGUCCAGGGCGGCAAAAGGCCGUUCGGCGCAGCCGUCCUCCGACAGCGAUGCGCCCGAGGCGUCCAAGCCGGCCCAGCGUCGCACGGCGCAGCUGACGUCGGACAGCGACGAGCCCAGGGCGUCCAAGCCAGCCAAGGCCCGUUCGGCGCAGCUGACGUCGGACAGCGACGAGCCGAAGCCGUCACAGCCAGUCAAGAAGGGGCGCCCAGGUGCAGAACUGACUUCGGACAGCGACGAGCCGAAGCCGUCUAAGCCAGCCACGACUCACCAGGGUGGGCAGCUGAUGUCGGAGAGCGACAACGAGCCCAAGGCGCCCAGGCCAGUGAGGAGGGCGACCUCGGGGCUGACGUCAGACAGCGAUGACGUGGCCAAACAGGCCAAGCCCGUCAAGAAGGCCACCUCGGGGGUGUCGUCGGACAGCGAUGGCGUGCCCAAAGCUGCCCCGCCGCUCAAGAAGAAGGUCUCGGUGAUGACGUCGGACAGCGACGUGCCCAGGGCGACCAGGCCAGUCAAGAAGGCAACCUCGGGACUGUCGUCGGACAGCGAUGACGUGCCCAAUCUGGCCAAGCAAGGCGAGAGGAAGGCCUUGGUGAUGACGUCGGACAGCGACGCGCCCAGGGCGGCCAGGCCAGUCAAGAAGGCAACCUCUGGGUUAUCGUCGGACAGCGAUGACGCGCCCACCGCGGCCAGGCAAGGCGCAGGGAAAGUCUUGGCGAUGACGUCCGAUAGCGACGUGCCCACGACGACCAAGCCGGUCCGGAAGGCAGCGUCGGGACUAUCUCGAAGAACGAUGACGCGCCCACUUCGACCAAGCAAGCCCAGAGGCCUACCUCGCAGUUGACGUCCGACAGUGACGACGUGACCAAGGCGACGAAGCCAGUCAGAAAGAGCGCGGCGGGUACCAGCAGCAGCUCCGACGGCGUUGCGCGCGCUGCCGCGAGGCGGCGAGCUGUCGUCGACAGCGACUCCGACUAGCCAGCUCUCUAGAGCGCUGGCAUCGAGGCACGGUACACGGGGCAGAGAAUUGGCGAUUGCAAGUCUCGCUGGCGGGCGACAGAAAACGUCAGAAAGCAUGCGCCGUGCUACAAAGAUUUGUACCACAAUCUUCAUAUUCGAUGACCCUGCUAUUCGUGAGAUUGACAGUCAUGUAUCGAAGUCGCCUACGGCGAACCACCACCGCCCCCUGCUUCUUUGGAGACGCCUAUGUGGCCGAGCGUUGGGUCCAGAGCUUGGACUGGCUAUCGGACCACGUGCUCCCCGACCCAUUGUGAAACCCCGUCGGAAAACACAUGGAGGAGUCCAAAUCCAUCGUAAGGAUGCGCUGCUUCAUCAAGACUACCUCUGCACCCCUGCUUGAUUACGCCCGAGUUGUCUGUCGAUCCAGGCCAGACCCACUGCUCCGAACGGACCGAUCAGAUCGUCCGUACGAUGUUUAUCCGGCAGCAGUUGCGCACAUCCGCCGCUGUAGGCAUGUGCCUUUGAUCGUUUAGUCGUUCUUGUCCGUCCUCUCUUUUCCCAGCGGCCAGCACCAGCGGCGACGAAGUAUGUUCAGUAUCAACAUUAUGUACAGGCUCCGCUUUUGCCAACAUGGUCUGGGUGGAGGAGAAGAGGAAGGGCGGACGAGACCUAAACCCAAGACGCCGCGAUUGUUUCACAACGUCGACUCCCAGAGGUCCGGACCCCUUCCCCGGGAUCGGCGUUCCCUCCACCUCAUUCUUCCAGACCUUCCGUGCUGACCUUCCAACCUCUUGCGCUACCUCAAACGCUGAGUUAUCUUGAAUUGCGUAAGGCUUUCAAUGGUUAUACUGAACUGUUUGAGGUUCCAGCGAAUUCC